CUUUCCCCCAGAACUUUAGUUGUGCUUGAUGCAAUUUUUUUCAGAGCUUGCUGUCUUGGUUUUUCUAACUUGUCACGGAAUUGGUAUGACUAGUACUAUCUCCAACCCAGCUCUCUAUGCGUUCCUGAACGAAAACUUCAGGAAAGAAUUCCGUCGAAUGUUCGGAAUAGAUUCCUCCCAGCCCGGUCAUCUGGGCAGACGGUCAAACGAUAGACAGGUUGGUCGACGUGUACCAGAUAUACCUAAAGUAAAGAUUAACGACAACUCAACGAUACAAAUCGGCGAUUUUCAGAUGAACGAUAUGUCUCCUUCGCUUAGCACAAGGAUUAUGUCGUCAACGACUGGUAGCAGCCAGUGUGCUGAGUUUCUCCAAGUUCGGUAUCCUGAUUUCAGUAUCAAGGCAACAUACACAGUGGACUGGAACAAUGAGGCUACUCAUAUUUCAACCAGCCAACCUGAGUCCCCCAGUAGUCCCAUCCGACAACGAGGAAACCAACCUUCACCACCAUCAUCUAAUCUUCUUGAAAUCCCUUCACUCCGAUCUCCCAUCACCAAUAUUCUCCCUUCAACCCGUGACCCAAAAGACAAUUUGACUCACUUUAUGUUUCCCGACGUGGGACAAGAACAUCCUUCACGUUUAAAUCCCACCUCUUCAGCUGUCUUUGAGAAUCCGUUGUUCUCGGGAGUCAGCCGUGUAAGUUUGGAUGCAGCAGGCCGCAACAAUAAUAAGAACCAAACGGGGCAUUCAGCGCAAACCGGUUUUCUCAAAUUCGUCGAGAACAAAUAUCAAAUCACAGAAUUUUAAGAUCGAAAGCAUCUGGCAAAGCUAUAGAUUAUAGAUCAAAAUAAACUGAUUUAAAACAUUACAAGGACUGAAAGUGACCCUUCAUACAAAGAAACCAAAUCACAACGGUACCCCUGAAGCCUUUAUUGCAGAUUUUAUAGUUUUUCUAGGUUCCUAGGUGUUUUAUUAUGUUAAUUUCUAUGUUUUAGAGAACCAAUUUGUGAAAAUAAUCGCGUUCAACAUUAUAAACAUAAAUAUAUAUAAUACUUGAUCGGACAAAGCAUUAAUGGUAAUGUUGUGAAUCUGGCAUUGUCAUCUUUUCUUUGAGGGUCACUUUAAAUUACGCUUACACAGUCCCUAACAGAACAUCGUUUCAAUAACAGGAGAAAGCGCUAUAAUUUUCUUCUUCCAAAUUACAAAAACUUUUUAGAUUGUAAUUUCGAUGAUCAUUGAACAGCUGGCGACUUUGAUUAAAAUCUUCUAAAAGAAAUUGUAACAAUAAUUUAUAUGUGGUGUAAUAUUUAAUGUUAAAAACAUUAUGCAACCAUUUUUAAACCUUUCUUAGGUGCAUUCAUGUCCCCAGAUUAGAAAAAUCUUGCUUAUUUUUUUGCUGCUUUUUACCCAACAUAUAUAUGUAUGUCUUGUUUUAUUA